CAACCGCGCCUCGUUGCGCACCCAGGGAGAAGCGGCCGGACGGCGCGUGGGAAUCCGGGCAUCGGGCUCGCUCCUGCUGCUCCCCUUGACUCCUCCUCGCUCGGGAAGCUGGGCUGCGUGGGUGCCUCGGGAGGAGCAUUCCUCGUCAGGCAACCAUGAAGGCGCUGCUGCUGCUGGUGGUGGCCGUGCUUGUCCCGUUCUGCCUUGCCGCGGACUUGGAGGAUCCCCAAGAAAGGAAUUCCACCAAACCCACUACUCACCUUCCAAAUUCAACAGUAACAACAAGACCUCCUAAACCCAGCGUUACUGCUAUGUCCACCAACAGCUCCGGAAAUGAAACGAAGGCCACAAACACCCCUGCGGUCACUUCUCAUGCCACAGCAAACACCAGCAAAGCCACUGCAACCCCCCAAACUGUAAAACCCACAGCACACAGCAUAAAACCCACAGCAGCCAAAUCUAAUGGGACCGUGUUGCCUGCCAGUUCUGUGACAGCCACUCCAAAAGCUGCAGCACCUCAAGCCGCAUCAUCAGGAUUCAGUGCCGGCAGCUUCAUCGGCGGCAUUGUGUUGACGCUGGGCCUUCUUGCCAUUGGCUACGUUGGAUGCAGAACCUACCAUUCGAAAAGGGGUGUUCAGUACCGAACCAUCGAUGAACAUGAUGCCAUUAUUUAAAGUCUAUGCUCAAAGGACAGAAAGGUGAAACCGCCACUAUUACCCCUAUCUUUUGAACCGCUCCCACCAGCACCACCCCCUGGGAAACAGGCCUUAAUGAAAAAUUGAUCACAGCCUACACAGGGUGCUUAAUUCCUUCUUUGAUACGCACCUCCGUGCAAGAUUCCGAGGGACUCCAUAAGGAUUUGGAAUUCUUCAGAGUGUCUUGUGUGAAGAGUUCCAAGGAAAAUCUACAUAACUGGUUCCUGCGUAAUGACCACUUCUUCUUCUUCGUUUUGAAAAGAGUUUAGUUAAAGUUUUUUGCCACUUAGCUGAUCUGUACAGAAGUUCAGAGACAUCCAUUCCUUAAUGGAACCCAACCUGUGGCGAUGGUGUUAUGAACAUGCUUCCUUCUGUCACUUCUGUAGAUCACAUGGCCUUUUUGUAGAACAGGUAAACCAAACCAUGCUGGACAAAUAACAAUUUCCUUUUCAGAAACGGCAGGUGGAUCCAAAACCAACAAUUUUCAGCUUGUUUGUAUUAGAUUUAUGGAAUGGGGUUGUGGAGGGAGGGGGCAGGAUUGUUAAUAAUCUGGGGAAUUUCAAGCAUUGUUGAAUGUUUUAAGAAAAUAUUUGUCUACUGACUAAUGCCAAGAAACAGAUGCGUGUGUGUAUGUGUUGAUUUUGACUGGGGGUGGGCUGGCUUGUAUCGGAUGGGGCGGAUUGCUUUUGUUUUAUCAUUUUUACUUUUGAAAAUGGUAUAUCAUUUGUAUGGGUUUGAGGUAUAUUUUGAGACUUAGGAUAUGAAUAAGAUAGUUCUUGCCCUGCAAGCAGAUUCAUAUGGAGUUGUCCGCUUCUAAGUCACGAAUGGGCACAGUCUUGCCAAGCUCUGAGGGCAAGCCUGAUCUCUAGUUUGAAGGCACAUCGAAACUAGUCACUCAACUGGGUCUCCACGCAAUGAAGUAUGAAGUUCACCAUGCCAGCGAUAAGCCCGCAGGAUUCCAUGUGAAUUGCUUCUUAGCAAGCAGACCAUAUGUUGACAACCUGUUAUGGUUACAUUGCCCGUCUUCAUACUUGUACUUGUAAAGCACAAAGGCUGUCGUGGAGAAAAAUGCAUUGGAACAAUUCCACCAAGAAUUUUAAAAACGUGAUUGCAUCAACUUUAAAAAUGUACGCUGGGGACAGAUUAAAAGUAUUUUUUUAAAAAAGAGAGAACUGUAUUUUGAAAGAGGGUUUCUUCCCCAUGGUGAACACCACAGGUGGGCAGAACACAGUGGGGCCUGGGGGCUUCAUUGUCAGUGGGCUGCUGAAUCUGCUCCAGGUUUCAGUCAGAACUCUAAAGGAGCCCAUCCAAGGUGCAAAGCAAAGCACUUUGGAUAGCACCUUUAGAGUUCUGACGGAAACCCAGAGCAGAUUCACCAGCCCACUGACAUCAGAGCUGCUGGGCCGAAGGUAGAUCUGGUCCAACUGGGAGAUCUUUGGGUGAUUUGCAGAAGAUUGGCAAGGGUUUCUGACCUUUUUUAAACAACUAGCAAGGAAUUAUUUUCACCAUCCAUCCUAAAUUGCACUACUAAAAUGUAGAAAGCUUGCGGCAGCCAGGAGUGGAUUUUUUUGUGGAAGGACUGUAAAAGUGUAUUCGGUUCUCUUAACUCAAAACAAAUUCCUGGGCCCAGAAUUCUUUAAUUCUCAGUGUAUGCCUUUUGCACCAGAUGCCAGUUGGUGCGUCUCAGGGUUCUAGUAAAAGUCAAAGAUCCAGCAAGUCUGAGGUCUGCCCACACGUUUCUUCCACUUCUGUCUCUGCACAAACAAGUCAUUUUUGUUUUUAAUGACAAAUAUCUGAAGAAAAGAAAUUGACCAGAGGUAAAAGUGCAAUGAGCGUAUAUCUGUCAGCAGUGAUCCCUCUUUCAAAGUACCUUCAACUCUGAAAGGAAUUCUCAUUUGUCUUCAGACUUAUUUUGUUUCUACUGAGAAGCUUUAUGCACUGUUCAAGGGAGGGGAGAAGUGUAUCGUACUGUAUUACCUUUCAUUUUGAAAAACUAUCUUCGGGGAUUCUUGUCCCCUCAUAGUACUUCCGCUUGCUUUCUUAUCUUCAGAGGUUUCUCUUGCCCCUAAACACAUGACCUGAAUGUGAAAUGUACUUAACAUUUUCCCUACUUCCCUUCUUUUUAUUGCUGUAACUUCACAGCUUGCUGUUAGGUUAAUCCUUAAGUUAUUUUGAAAUCUGGGCAACACCAGUGAUACCAAUGUGUCUUUUGUAUUAUUAUUAAACAUUUUCCUUGGUUCUCUACUUGCUGUAAUGUGGAUGUUACUUGGAUGACUUUUAGGGACCUCAGGUGUAUUUUGAAGGUGCAGUGGAGGAAAAUGAUAUAUGUGUUUCUGAGAUGGUAUAGUCCUCACGCAGAACUAUAUCACAUCCAAUUCAUACAUACAUUUCUGAUGUGGUACAUGGGGAUUUUAUCACCUCAGUUUCACAUGAUUGCUUUCUUUCAAGGCACAAGCUACACAUUACCUGAGGCGCUAAUCUCUAUGGCGUUAGCUAGACCUACCUUAUAGUCUGCGACGGAGGAGAGAAGAUCUUGCAUUGUGAUUAAUGCGAGAUCCCUCCUCUGUUUCCACGUGAGGUGCGGUGACUUCAGGAAGAGAGGCAUCGUGCCUGCCAUAUUAUUAUUUUUUUAAAGAAUCAGGAGCGCAUGAACGGUUGUGCGCAAAGAUAGGUCCUUUUUUUAAAAAAAAAAAAUCCCCGCUCCCCCCCACCCUACCCCCGAAGGGCGCAGCUCCCAGCUCCACACGAGGAAUUGCGUGGAGCCGGGUCAAGCUGCAGCAAUGGACCACACGUUCCGUGGUCUCGGGCUCAGCCCAGGACCACAGAAAAAGUGGGCCCAAAAGGGAGGGAUCAUCCCUCCCUGAUCCUGGGAUCCCCUGUGCAUCAUGUGGACGCACAGGGAUGAUCCCGGGAUUUCGCCCGGUCUAGCUAAGGCCUAUGUCUCUCCUCUCCUAUUCCACAAUCUCUGUUAACAUGUAGUCAAAAAGUGCAGUUUUAAAAUGCAUUUUUUUCCAGAUGUGAGGUGGGGAGAGACAAGGGUAUAUAAUAUGUAGAUAAGCCUGGUGUGUUACAGUCUUCAAGGGCAAUUUUGGAUGUGGAUUAAAUGUUCCUGUAGAAGUCCUAUAAUAUUUUGUCAGUAUUCCAUUCCUGGCUGUUAUUGCCCACUUUCACCUCUUUUCAUGUCAGUUUCAUAUGGGAAAAACCAUUUGUUUCCUAUCUGUAAAAUCUGUCAAACUUACCACGUCAGAGAGAAAGCUUAUUGUUUUCUGUCAGGUAUGGCAAAUUCUAUACGAUUUGCAAUGGGGAUGAUAUCAGCGAUCAACAUCCAAGCAGCAAAGGGAAACCUAAUGGGACUAGUUCAUUACUUCUUGAAAUGGAGGCUUUAAGAGUCCUUGUACAAUAACAGUACCAUUUCAGAAAAGUACAUUCUAGCCAGCCCCUUACUGCAUCUUCAAUUGGAGGAGUAUUUCCACAAUUGCAGUGAUCAAGAUACAAGAAGCGAAGGAAAAUCUUAUGGGGCUAGUUAAUUACUAAAGGCUCUCACACAGUGAGGAUUGAAAUGAAAAUUAAAAAGUCUCCAUUGGGAAACAGUUCCCUACCCAGGUUAUUACAAUUAGAAGUGCUUGCAGUGAGGACCAACCUGACUCCAUUCAGAGUCUGUGUACCUGUGGGACGUUCCUUGCAGCCAGUGUCAUCUUGAUGACAAAUAUUCCCCUAAUAAGUAGCUAAAUAUCUGGAGUUGGUUCCAGCUUUAGUCAUACUUAGAGUAGAUCCAUUGAAAUGAAUGGGACCUAAAUUAGUCACGACUAAUUUAAGUCCUAUUGGUUUCGAUGGGUCUACCCUAAGAAUGACGAAAUCUGGAUUCAAUCCUAGAGCUGGGGUAAAGGAUUAAUAAAUAUAUGGAGUAUAACAAGUCCACUGACCUCAUCUGGGAUUUGGUAAUGCUUUGGGAUGAGGCUGCAAUUGUUGGCAAACACUCACUUCAGGGAAAACUCAAAACAAGUUACUUAGAAGACUCUUCAUGGACAGACUUAAGCUGUUUUAACAGUCAUUCCCUUUUUCUGGGGAACAUUUGUUAUUGCAGUUCUUUAAUUGAGGGGAGGAGGCAGAAUUUUUCAGUGCCUUAGAAUACUGCAAUCCCUGGAAUAUUGGCUGGAACACCAUGACAGUUAAAGUGGCAUAAUACUGUUAGCACUUUCUCAUAUGAAUAGAGCUUCAGUCUUCUGAAAGGUUUUGAAAUAUUUUUUCUCUCCCCACCCCCACCUCCAGAUUAAUAGUUAAUAUACAAGUGUGAUUCCUAUAGCUGAGCCUGUUCAUUUAACAAGAAGGUUGAGGCUUGGGUUUCCAUCUAUUUUUUCAUCCUUUUUUAAAAAUAAAUAAAUAAGAUGAGUGAAAAUUAUUUUAAGUGAUUUUAAUUGUGUUUUAAUGAGUACUUUUUUGCACCAGUUUGCAAGCUUGUAAGCUAAGAGCUUUAUUCAAUAAAAAUAUAGCCCUAUUUCA